AUGGCAGUCUUCGCCCGCAUGGGGUUCAAGGACACCGUCAACAUCAGCAUGGCAUGCAUUAAGUUCUGGGAUCUGGUCAGGGUGCUGACCGGCGCCGUCCACCGCCUCUAUGGCCCCAUUUCUUGUUUCUCGCCCGCCAUGGGCAAGUCGUGGCAGAACAUCACGAUAAGCACCGUUGUCAAAGUGCAGCUAGUGGCCGGCAGUGUGUCUUACAUGAUGGGGACCUAUGUCUCCAUCGAGCGCUCGCUGUGUGUCAGCAUUCCUUUCACGGUGAGGUCAGUCCUUACUCCAAGCAGAACAUUAAUGAUCUGCAUUCUUCUAUCUACUGUUGUAUUUGGAUCACUCAUCCCUGUCAUUCUUCUUUACGAAUAUAGCUGGGUAUUCAGCCACGAGUUCAACGCUACAAUUGCUGUGUACGGCUACUCUCAAAUCUACUACAAAUAUCUGGGUCCCCUCUACAUGGAAGUCAACUCCUCUAUGGGAUUUUUGUUUCCUGUGGUGUCUUUAACAGUGAUGAUCCUCAGUACCUUUAUCAUAUCAUACCACCUUAGGAAAUCUUCAGAAAAGAGACAAGGAUUUCUGUCAGCAAAACAUGUGGUAAAAGUGGACCCCAGGCACGCCGGGAUGAGCAGGAGAGAGCGGAAGGUGAUGAAGAUGUUGCUGGUGGUCAUUCUUAUGUACAUCACCAACCUGCUGCCGCGGGUCAUACACUACCUGGCCAUGCUCUGUGAGAAAGAAAUCUACACCUUCCGUUACUACAACAACAUUUUCUGGGUCAGCCUUCUGCUUGACUUCAUAAAUUCUUCCUUCCAUCUUUUCAUAUUCUACUUUAUGAGUUCAAAGUUCAAGUCAACGCUGUUAAAUAUGUUGCCGAAUCGUGACUCCGAAACAUUGAAGGAAACGAAAAACAAUGAGCAGGGAAGUAAGGCUUGUUUGAAAGGCUGUUAG